CCUCAGAUUAUAACCUAGCUUUGACAUGAAUCGCUUUUAUUUUAUAUAAAUAUGCCUCCCUGGAUCCUUAUGAAAGCUCACAGCCUUGCAAAUGAGCUGUGUGUGAUUUUUAACUUUAAAUGUUGCAGAACAAGUUUUACUAAAGUAUCCUGUUAACUCUCUGUCUCCCAGCUGUUGUAGAGAGCGUUUUACAUGUGUAAAUACACAAAGGUGUGGUGUUCAGGUCACAUCCACAACACUAUAGAAUAUAACUGAUGCAUACCACAUGAAAUGACUGUUUCACUCUGUGUAUAGUAUUCAGUAUAUUUUUAUUGUUACUCUACAGUCAUUUGUGUUAAUCUGUUUAAUUUAAGUUUAGCUGACAUGCUUAGACAAAGUGCUGCAAAAAUUAGUUUUUCUUCAAAGCAAGGUAGCAUAUUUCAGAAAAUAGAGUUGCGUCUUUGUAUUUUUCAAUGCAUGCAUGGACAUGCAGGCGGAGACAUUUCCUGGGAACUCCUGUGCAGGUUGACACUGUGUGCAAAGGAGGCCACACCUUUGUGUUUUUGUUUUCUCUUCUUUAGAGUGCGGCAGAGUUCUGGGAAGAAAAAAUCUACCUUUGAAAUAAGAGCAGAGCUGGAUAUCUGGAUGCUGUUCAUCCUCCGUUUUGUUUAGAACCAGUGGACGGCCAUGGUUCUGCGGGCGUCAGCCUUUUCCAAUGGGUUUCUGGCCGCUAUCCACGCCUUGGGGUGGGCUUUGAUAGUGCCGGGCUUCUGGUACCUUGAUCGUGUUCUUGCCGUGUGCAAGUCUACCACAAAGGAGAGGAGUGAGCGACAGGGACAAGAAUGCUACCUUCACCCCCUGAAUGUCUUCCUCGGCUCCAUUUUCUUCCUCCUGUUUUUCCUCCUCACUGCCCCCUUGGCUUUCCUGGGUUUUCUGCUAUGGGCGCCGCUCCAGGCCUGCCGCCGGCCGUUCUCCUACCACAGAGCGGAACCGACCUCAGCAGCGAGAGAAACAAACCGAGGCUUUGAACUAACAGGAAUGGCGUCGUUUACCUUUGCCUCAGCCAACCUGUGUCUGUUAACGGAUGGCCUGGCCCGCUUCAACAACCUGGGUCACACCCAGCAUAGGGCUUAUGAGAUUGGCAAACGUAUCUCUGAGAGUGUGGGGCGAGCCCAGGUGGUGAUCACAGUGGAAUCCCCCAGCAGCUGUGGGCCUCUCAGCCCCUCUGACAGCAUCAUACCCAGAGCAUGCUCAGAUGCAGAUGGAGAGACAGAGGGACAGCCUCAACCCGGUGGACAUCAUCAGUCAGAACCAGCAGAAAGCUCUGCUUCCUUUAACGGUGUAGAGGCCAAACUGACAGAACGCUCCUCUUCCCAAGCCAAUUCUAAUGAGAGCCCCAACAAACGGGGGCAGUCGGAUGAUGAGAGUCCUGCUGCUUUGUUCUCCAGGCGUCCUCGUCAGCAGGAUGAGGAACCCUGGGAGGUGUCGUCGCUCUUUCCAGCCUGCGUCGACAUACUGUGUCUGGAAGAGGUGUUUGAUAAGAGAGCUGCAAAAAAGCUCACCAGAAUGCUGAAACCACUGUAUGGACACAUCCUGUACGACGUUGGGGUGUACGCCUGCCAGCCGCCCUGCAGGUGUUCUACUUUCAAGUUCUUCAACAGUGGCCUGUUCUUGGCCAGUAGAUUCCCGGUGCUGGAGGCCGAGUACCACUGCUUUCCUAACAGCAAAGGGGAAGACGCCCUGGCGGCCAAGGGUCUGCUCUCUACUAAGAUGCUUAUUGGACAGAAUCAGAAAAAGAAGAAAGUGGUUGGUUAUUUCAACUGCACACAUCUUCAUGCACCAGAGGGUGAGGGAAAGAUUCGCUGUGACCAGCUGGACAUGGUCAACCAGUGGAUCAGGGCUUUUCAGGACACCCACAGACAGCCUGAUGAGGAGGUGGUCUUUGACGUCCUCUGCGGGGAUUUCAACUUCGAUAACUGUUCACCAGAUGACGUGCUGGAACAGAAUCACAAACUGUUUGAGGAGUACAGAGAUCCAUGCAGAGCAGGACCUGGAAAGGAGAAGCCCUGGGUGAUUGGUACUCUGCUGGAGCAGCCCACUCUGUACGAGGAUGAUGUGAGCUCUCCAGAAAAGCUUCAAAGGACUUUGGAAACAGAAGAGAUGAGGAAGCAGUACAUCUCUCCUCCUGUUGCUCAGGAAGGAGUGCCUCUGGUUUACCCAGAGCCUGGCCAGCCAUGGAUCGGACGUCGCAUUGAUUACAUUCUCUACCGUGAAACUUCCAUUUCAAAGCUGUGCAGAACGGAACUUGAAGAGGUGACCUUCAUAACUCAGCUGGCUGGGCUUACUGAUCAUAUUCCUGUUGGGCUGAGGCUGAAAGUCAUAAUGGACUCCGAGUUUGAAGAUGAAUGAAUGCACAUUUCAUCUGGAGGCGAAUUGACACUAUUUUAUCUAAACUGUUUUACUCAAAUACUUGAAUUUGUACAUUAAGAAAAAAAUUACACUUGGUCAGUUUAUGCCUCAGGAAACAAUUUAUUUUUUAUCACUUUGUUGUGGUUUCACAUUUCAUGCAUGUUUUAUACAUUCAGAGCUGCUCACAGUUGUUUCUUUGAUUUUUUUCAAACCUCUAUUUUUUUUUUUUAUCAAAAAAGGAAGUUAAAAAGUUAAUUAAACAAUUUUCACUGUUAUAAUGUGAAAUAUCUGACUGUUAUACUAUAAAGUGAAUAAACUUUGCAUGGAUGAUCAUAAA